AUGGUUGAUGAACAAAAGAUCGGAAUUUUUGAUUAUGAUGACGAUGAACAAGCUUUACGUUCUCCUGUACCUAUUCACAUAAUGAAUGUAAUGAAUCCUACAUUUAAUUCUCAAACUCGAUCGUCAACAGUUGGUUCGGCCUUUUCAAUUCCUGCCUAUGGCUCCUUUGCCUCUCAAGUUCAACGAGAAACGGAAAACAGAAUAAGACCGAAUAAUUUACUUUAUGGUUUAACAAAUGAACCUGAUUUUUGUCCCAGUUUUACUCCAUCAUCAUAUAUUACAACUCCUUCCCUUGUUCCUUCACCUACUUCCCAUAUACUGAUGCCCUCUUUUUCACCCGAAUUUCGUCAUGAUAAUAAUAAAAAAAAUAAAUUAUCCGAAGAAGAAGAAGACGAUGACAAUGACAGCAACAAAGUUAUCAUGUUUGAUUGGCAUUUAAGAUGUGUUCCUUUCCAACGUAAUUCAAAUUAUCUUUCAUUUCUGCCUGAUACAAAAAAAUGGAUAGUUGUCGAUGGUUUCAUUAAGAAAGCCAAUCAAAAGCAACAAUGGCAUUCGUCAUUAAUCGUAGAUCGAAUUAAUAAGAUCUUGAUAAAAACUUCAAGUGGAAAAUUAUAUAAAUUGGAAGGAAAGUUAUCCAUUGAAAAUAUGUUAAGGGAUGGAUUUUCGCAAGAACUUUGUGAAAAAUUUCAAGAUGGAUUUCCUGAUAAUUGGAAAGAAACAUUAUCAUUUCACAUGCCAACCAAUUUUUUGGAACCUAUUGUCAUAAUACAAGGUACAAAUAAUACAAAUUAUUCAGAUAGUUCAAAUAAUUCGAAUAUGCUCGUUCAUCAAGAAAUUCAAGAAUCUCAGGAAAUUCGAGGAAUUCGAGGAAUUCAAGAAAUUCAGGAAAUUCGAGGAAUUCGAGGAAUUCGAGAAAUUCAAAAAAUUAUGCAGAUAUUGUGA